AUGCCCAUCCACACUGAUAGGACUAUCGCAGCUAAUAGGCCGGACAUUGUGCUAAAGAACAAGAAGGACAAAACCUGCCUUCUCAUUGACAUGACUAUACUUCUCGACACCAACACUUCAGUCAAAAUGACAGAAAAGCUUAACAAAAUACAAAGGCUUGGAAAUCAAGGUUGAGCGAAUGUGGGGGUAAAACAGUUCUGGUGGUUAUGGAAGAUCUUGGUACCAUCAAGGAGGACAUGGAAAACUACACCAACAAAAUCGCUGGCAACAUCAACAUACAUGAACUCCAGAAAAUAACUCACCUUUCUACAGCCCACCUUCUCAGGCGGGUUCCCUCUCACAAGUAGAAACCCUCUUUGCCACCCAAAGUCCAUGAUUUGGAAUCGGAUGUUGAGAUAGAAAAUUCACUUGCAGUUUAUUACAGUAGUAAAUCUUACAUAAUAGUAAUAAUAAUAAUGAUAAUAAUAAUAAUAAUAAUGAAGGAAAACAGGAAGGGCCUAAUUAAUCAUCUCCUAUUUAUGGAUGCUUUAAAAUUAUAUGGAAAGAACAAAAAGCAAGUAGACACGCUGGUAAAUACUAUCCAUAUUUUCAGCAAUUCGGAAUUAGCAAAUGUGCUGUGCUAAUAAUGAAAUGGGGAAAAGCAUGAGCAUGCAAAGUUAUUCUUUUAACACAUGCCCAAGUCAUCAGAGGGCUUGAGGAAGGUGAUAGAUAUAAAUACAUGUAUCAGGGAAUACUGGAGGCAGAUGAUGUGAGGCAUAAUGACAUGAAACAGUCAAUAUCAAACGAGUAU